GAGAGAGAGAGAGAGAGAGAGAGAGAGAGAGAGAGAGAGAGUUGAUCGCGCUUGCACCGCGCGCAACGUAACAACGAUAAUAAAAUAUUUUACGGAAUAUCCGUUCUCGAAGGAGAACGACUGUGAAACGGAAGCGACGUCUGAACAAAAAAGACUCGGAGAAUAAUCGCGUCGCUUCACAAUCGGUCGCACUUGCAUAACGUUAAUUAAGGGAAAAGAAUGGAGGCAAGGAGGAUUAAGAAAUUGUUACGCCUCUGUGAGAUCCUCGUCUGAUUGGUUGUCUAAGCGAAUAGAAUAUCUUUCUACGUUGCUAGAGAUUGCAAAUUCGCGAUAGAAAGCGAAGAGAUAAAAUUUCUUUUAUCCGCGAUCGAAUUUAAAAGCGUAUCCUUUUGCGUUCAGAAUGAGCCCGAUCGAGCAGGCAAAGACCCUCGGCUCGCUCGAGCUUCGCGUGUGACGCGCGUCAUGUGCGGAGUGCUCAUAAUCGACUCAACCAAGACGCAUCUAACGCAUUCAAAGGCGAAAAACAAUGGAAAACGUUUACGUGAUAAAAGUGAAGACGAAGCCGGCUCUCUCGUCGUUGUACCCGUCGGAACGACGUUAUUCGGCUUCGACCGUCGGUGGGCUUGCCCUGGUACAUUUUGGCUUAGGCGCCCUUUCGCUACUUCUAGGCACCCUGGCGCUCUCCGUUCAGGGAGCGAUAUUAUCGAUAGCCUGUUUGGUACCGUUCGUCGCGGGACUCUUAGCCUGGAGAAGGUGGUACAUCGAUCGAAAUAUAACCAUUUUCUUUUCUGCAAAUCUCUUCUCGUUGCUGGCGGCCGUUCUUUGCCUCGUCGUGACCAUCCUCGAUAUCGCUGCUGUUGCGGAGACCAAUAAUGGAUCUCUCUGGCCUAUGGAAAAGAUUCUUCGUAGUUCGAGCAAUCCUUUCGUUAUCGAUAAUAAUAACAACGUCACUGCUCUCGUCGAAGAGACCACGAUGAAAGUAGAGAAAUACGUUAACGAAAGCGACAGGGGACUUGCCUACGACGAUCUCAAGGGAGAAAGUUCUAUAUUGUACGAAAGAACCAUGCCAAUCUCGGGUAAUGAGCUGGAAAAGGAAUCGGAAAAUAAGAGCAAAGAAGUACCCCUUGACAGAGACAAAGUUUUAUCCUUUUGGCGAAAGGAUCGGAUCGGCGAAUCCUCGCAGACGGAAACGCUACUUAAGGUGAACGUACUCGUUGCUUCUCUUUUGGAAGUAUUUUGGUCCCUUCUCAGUGCCAAGAUAGCUCUACGUGGUAUGAUGAAUCGAUUUCCGGACAUUGAUUACGGUAACAACAAUGUCGUUAACGACAACGAUUCGAAGAGGGUCGCUUCUGCGGGACACAAGAGAAAGCAUCCACCACCACCGAGACCGGAUAUAUUGGAUCACGAUCAUGGAUUAUCCGAUAGCGCGUUAAAUAUCAAUUCUAUGAGCUCCGUUCAAAGCGCUGCACCGAAUCCUGCACUUCCCUUACCCGAAUCUAGCAGAGAGUUUCGUGAAAGGGUCGAAAGAUUCUUAGCGAAUCAAGCAGCUCUCAGAAUCGUCGAGGGAUCUUGUACGUAAUUAAUACGAAGAGGAAGAUGCAAAAGAGACUUGAUUCGUUCACCGCGAUCUCAAAGUAUUACGAUUAUUCUCCUUAAGAUAUAAGUAGAUAGGUUGUUAUAACAGGGUAUACACCAUAUAUACGAUACAUAUACAAUAUAUGUAUAUAUCGUUAUCGUAAGGAUAAAUCGGCUAAUUACUUGUCCCCGAAGUAGACGACUAAAAAUAUUCUCUAAGCUAGUUAUACUUACGUAAUCGAUGUCUGGUAACGGAACGAAGUAAAGCCGCCGCCGCCGCCGCCGCCGCCGGCACGUCUCGGCAGACUCGUGUACGGUUAAACGACGGUAAUUAUUUGUAACGAGCGUACGCUCUAAAAGAACGAGCUUCUAACGUCUUCUCGUACCAAUGCCGAACAACUCCUCGGGAUUACUUUAUCAGCGGGCUGCGAUCUCGUUAAUUAAGCGUUCCGCGCUUCGCUUUAAUGAAACUUUUAAGCGUGCAAUCUCGCGUCUACGAUGCUUAUAUUAAUAAUUAUUGUAACCGUGCGAAGCCGCGCCACUGCCUGCGCGAUAUAUUGUAUUUAUCAAGGCCUCGGUUUUAACCGUGAUAUUGGUCUCCUCUGAUUCCUGAUAAUCGAGGAAUCUCCUUUGUAAAUCUUUCUCGAUGGUUUUUAAAUUUGAAUCGGGAAUCGUCUAUGCGUACAAAUUACAAUUGUCUACAACAGUUACGUUCACGAAGCGAUCUUUUAGCGUUUUUACCAGCUAGUCUGCAAUCGCGAUCGUAAGAUCGAUUUUGAACGGUAACGUGCCAGCUUGCCUCCUUCUUGCCGUAAUCCAAUGCAUUGCGACAGUUUGACUCUCGCGAGGCCCCGUUGCGAAAUCUUAUAAUCUGAUAUUGGCCAAUGCUAGAGGCGCUAGAGUUCAAAGUAAAGAAAAAGACAAUUGCGAAUAAUGGCAGCUCUAACUUGGAUCCCGGCAUUCCUCUUUCGAUAUACUUUUACUACGUGCUUUCAUCGAACUUCCAUUCUACGCGAUUUUCUCUCUCUCUCUCUCUCUCUCUCUCUCUCUCUCUCUCUCUCUUCUCCUUUUUCUUACAAAACAAAGCUUUAUUCUCUGUAAUCGUUAAUUACAUUGUUUCGCGGCGCAUUGGGUUUUCUGUUAUCUACGUUCUUCCUUUCUCUUUCUUAAGGUACACUUCAUCGAGUAAACAACGUUAAACUAUUUCUUCAACUAUCCAACCUUUUUCAUUGUCUAUCUACCUGCGCGUCUAGUUCUCUCCUUCUCAUCUAUUCCUUGCGAUAUAAAAUUAUGCCAUUUAUGAGUUUAACUUGUUGACGAUCGACAACGGGAAAUAGAUGAUCGAUAAUAUUUCUACCUAUUCCUAAACGCGAUCGUUAUCCUUGGUCCACCUGAAUUGUGUACAGUACGUAUGUGUUUAUUACGUAGGUACUUGCUUACGCACCGAAAGAUGUAUAUAUCAUUAAAAGCUUGGUAAGUCGAACGAAAUCGAAUGAAAGUAACGAUUGUUGAGCGACGUAGCGCGUCAACGUCGAGUUCUUAAAGCGCGAGAGAACUUUUUUUAAACGAGUGCGCACGCGUUCAUUGAAACAAAAUAUUUGACUACUAAUCGUAAGUAACGGUAAGAGUCGUUCGAUAACGACUUUAUCGAGAACAAUUAAUAAGCGCUCGAAUUAAUUAAGGCUAAAACAUCUAACGAGAUAAUGGCAAGAGUAAAGCACACUUUUGUACAUGGACGUUUCCUUUAGCGAUAUAUCGGAUGAACGACGACGAGGAUCGUCGAAGGGUCCAAUGAGCGACGCACAAACGCGCACUCACACAGACGGAGACCACACACCAAUAACCCAUUCGCGACAAUUACCUAAUUAAAGUCACAGUUGCGUCUACGUGUGGCAUUCGUUAGUACAUCGGACAAGCCUCUUUCGUUCGUUGGUUUUUAUUACAAUGUUCGUUUAGAAAAUAAAGGUGUAACUUUCCUUCUUACGAUAUACUUAAA